GUUGGUUGAACUCGACACGUUCGGAAGUAAGUCUCGCGGGCGUGGUGGAACCGUCCAGCACACAGUCGGAUAUACGUUUUAGGUUCAGCUUCAGCUCCCCCAGUCCUUCAGUGAUUGCUUUGCGUAUGCGUACACUAGCCGGUUAGCGGUUUCUUUCGUUGUUGUGCUGUGGCCCAAGCGUGUGCCCUUUUUGCCUCCGUCAUCGUCCGCUUUCGGUCGAUAUUGCUUUCGUGAGUCCGCGUGCCGAGUUCGCCUAGGUUGCAAAAUAAAAAUUCCCCUAAUUUUGAGUGUUCAGUUCAGUUUAGCAAACAAACGCACCUACGCGUGGCCUCCACUUCUGAGGUGAGGAUCAAGUGCGAUCGUGGUUAUACGUGCGUGUUUCUGUGAUUGUUGUGCGAAAACUGUGGUGUGUUGACAUCAUCCGACACCGACCAGCACCACGUUGGGCUUUCGGCGCUCGACAGAAGUGCAACACGAUUUAACGAUCUGCAAGCGUCUAGUAUUGCCAUCGGCCAUAUCGGAUCACUAGUACCAGGCGACGAGAAAACCCCAAAAGGAACAACUCAUCAUGUUUCUCGGAAGGCGCAACUUUAAGCUGUGGUUCGUGAUAGCGUUCGCACUAAGCCUGCUCGUGCUUGGUGCUCUAGUCACAUUCGGUUUCACGGCCUUUAUCAGGACGAUCAUUGAUCAUCAGGUAGCGCUGAGGGUGGGCGGACAGUCUUUUGGCUGGUGGUCGCGGCCUCCAGUCGAGCCAAUCAUCAGAAUCUUCGUCUACAACGUCACGAAUGCCGACGAGUUCCUGAACAACGGAACCAAACCCAUUCUGGACGAGCUGGGACCAUACGUUUAUGUGCAAACAUGGGAAAAGGUCAACAUUAAAGAAAACCCGAACGGCACUAUCAGCUACAACCAGAAGCGAGUAUAUAUCUUCAACGAGGACCUGUCCGGGGGUCUGGAAGACGAUGUAGUCAUCGUACCGAACAUUCCAAUGCUGAGCGCCACGUCGCAGAGUAAACACGCUGCACGGUUUCUACGACUAGCGAUGGCGAGCAUUAUGGACAUCCUGAAGAUUAAACCGUUCGUUGAAGUGUCGGUUGGCCAAUUGCUGUGGGGCUACGAAGACCCGCUACUAAAGCUGGCGAAGGACGUUGUGCCGAAGGAGCAGAAGCUACCGUAUGAAGAGUUCGGACUGAUGUACGGCAAAAACAGCACCUCGAAGGACACUGUGACUGUUUGGACCGGUGUGGACGAUAUCACCCAGUACGGCAUCAUUGACAAGUACAAUGGCCGAUCGCACCAAACUCACUGGCUGUCGGAACAGUGCAACCGGCUGAACGGCACGGACGGGUCGAUCUUCCCACCUCGCAUUACCAAAAACUCGACACUCCAUGUCUACGAGAAGGAUCUGUGCCGACUGUUGCCCCUAAGCUUCGAAAAGGAGGUCACCGUCCGUGGAGGAGUGAAGGGAUACCGCUUCACACCGUCCCCGGAUGUGUUUGCUUCGGUGGACAAGAACCCGAACAAUAUGUGCUACUGCCCAGCCGGACCGCCGUGCGCACCUCAUGGAUUGUUCAAUGUAUCACUCUGCCAGUAUGACUCGCCGAUUUUGCUCAGUUUCCCGCAUUUCUACAUGGCUGACCAAACGCUACGUACCGCGGUAGAGGGUAUUUCGCCGCCCGAAAAAGACAAGCACCAGCUGUUCAUUGAUGUGCAACCGGACAUGGGCACUGCCCUGAGGGCACGGGCACGAAUCCAGAUCAACCUUGCCGUUAGCCAGGUGGUGGACAUCAAACAGGUUGCCAACUUCCCUGACAUCGUUUUCCCCAUCCUGUGGUUCGAGGAGGGUAUCGACUCGCUACCGGACGAGAUAUUGGACCUGAUGAAGGUGGCCACGAACAUACCGCCCCGAGCGAAGUUCAUUCUGACGAUCGCACUGUUCGGGCUCGGCGGUUUCCUGUUCGUUGUUGCCGUAAUCUGUCUCGUGCGAAAGUCGCAUCGGCAGAGCACACUGCAUCUGGAAGGUUCAAAUUAUCUGGCCACGGCGUCCGUCGAUCAAGCCAAGAAGAAGGCCAAAAUGGACAAUGGUAUGAGCAGCAAGAGCAACUAGACUCGGUACAGUACCGCUAAGCAGCACUGUCGGUUAUAACUUCUUCGCCUGUAAGCCGCAAGGCAAACGAUAUUCGGCGAUGCAACUGGUGUGAAGCAAACCAUUAAGAGACUCAUCGCGGAAGCAAGCUGUAUGAUAUAUGUAGGGCUGAUAGCCAUUUCGUGGAAUACUGAAUCGUGUCAUGCGUGAUAAAGGACAUCCGUUGGUCGAAAUGAAACACUGAUCGCGAAAGCACGAUCGUUUAUUGGUAACAUCCUUCGCUCAACACUCUAUCGCUAUCGUAUCAGGAGGGAUUAUUUCAUGCCACAUUCGAAAAAGUAUCCCAAAACAGCGUAAUGGAAGUGGAAAUUUCUAUUCUUUAUUGCCAAUUGGUGUGUAAGUAAGUAAAACAGAGUCGCUUGUGGAGAUCAAAGCAAUAACAACAGAGGUUAAAACAACUAUAAAAACUGGGAAACUCGAAUACGCCUAGCGUACGGAUUAGAAAGAAAGUGCAAAUGAACAAAAGUUUUGCAUUGUUAUAUUAUUCUAUGUGAUUUAUACAAAAAAAAGGGGGGAAACAUUUAUGCUAAGACGCAUAUGCCAUCUAAGGUAAUGGUUGAGGUCAUACGACGAAGAGAGCCUUUUUUGCAAUAAACAAUCGUUUACAACUAUUAUAGUGGAUGGUGUAUGUGUCUUAGGUUACGGGCACCUGCUUGCUGCAGCGAUCAACGUGCAGGAAAAGGAAAUUUUAAUCAAUGGCAUCUAUUUUUAUCAUUAUUGCACACAUCACACUUUUGCUCAAUGCGUACGAUUUAUUAAGUGCUUGGUGUGUGUUUAAUGCAAUUCAAAAUUGUUAUUUUAAUCAUAAUUUGACCUAACUUUCACUGACCUGACCUAAACAUGAUCAGGAACAUUUUCAAAUUUUGUUUAAAAUUCAAAUUAAAAUGUGCGCUCAAAUUUCUUCUGGAGGUCAAAUUCGCUUCCGAAAACAGUUCUUAACCGACCGUGAAAAUUAGCCAAUCAUUUGACAAUUAGAGGCAACUCCCUAAAACAUACCAUACUGCGAUCCAGUUUCGGACAAUCGCUCAACUCCAAGCCCGGCAUUUGCUUGCUGGACACAUCGGCGUAGUGCUUCAGUUGCCAAAUAUAAAUGAACGAUUUGUUUAUCCUCUUGCUACUGCUGGCAUAGCAUCGUCCAUUUUUACGAUCGUACACCGCACUGUGUGUACUGGUAAAAUGUAAUAUUUUAGCUAGUAAGUGUAUAAAUAGUACGGUGGCUAAGGUCAGGUGGGGAUAAAAUUUAAUUCUUUAACAAUAAACAACAAAAAAAAAACAACAACUACAAAACGGGAAACGGUAUGAGCAACAAAACAAUAAA